CCAAUAGGAGCAGGGAAAGGGGUCCCGGGACUACGGAGAAACGGCGGCCGGGAAGGGGCUACUGGGACAUGGGGCUUCUGACUAUUCUGAAGAAGAUGAAGCAGAAAGAGCGGGAGCUGCGACUGCUCAUGCUUGGCCUGGACAAUGCUGGCAAAACAACCAUCCUCAAGAAGUUCAAUGGGGAAGACAUCGACACCAUCUCCCCGACGCUGGGCUUCAACAUCAAGACCCUGGAGCACCGAGGAUUCAAGCUGAACAUCUGGGAUGUGGGCGGCCAGAAGUCCCUGCGGUCCUACUGGCGGAACUACUUUGAGAGCACCGACGGCCUCAUCUGGGUGGUGGACAGCGCCGACCGCCAGCGCAUGCAGGACUGCCAGCGGGAGCUCCAGAACCUGUUGGUGGAGGAGCGCCUGGCUGGAGCGACCCUCCUCAUCUUUGCCAACAAGCAGGACCUGCCCGGAGCACUGUCCUCUAAUGCCAUCCGUGAGGCCCUGGAGCUGGACUCCAUCCGCAGCCACCACUGGUGCAUCCAGGGCUGCAGCGCUGUCACUGGGGAGAACCUGCUGCCUGGCGUCGACUGGCUCCUGGAUGACAUCUCCAGCCGCAUCUUCAUGGCCGACUGAGCCGCUCAGAUGCUCCCCAGCUCACCGUCCAGGCACCCCCAGCAGGCCCUCACCAAGCACCAUCCAUGGGGCGACGGGAGUCAGCCAGCCCACCUAACACCCCCUGCCCACCCCUAACCUGCUGCUACUGCUGCUCUGUGGCCAGCUGGCUCCCGUGGCAGGAGGGCUGUCACCCUGGCUCCUGACCCGGCCUGCUUGCAGCUGCCGUACCAAGAGGAGAGGGCUGGGGCUGGGAGGGCCUGCCUCUGCUGCUACUGAGGCUGUGAGCCUCACCAUUCGCUCAGCUGUGAGAAUAAAUUGUUCCUCGCUCCCA